UGGGAGGUAAUUUCGAAGGGACUCAACUCAUUUCCCCGCCAGACAAGGCACAGAUUGUCUUCCAAUUUUGCCACGAUGGCCAACUUCAUCGGUCGAAGAGUACGGAUCAUAACUGAUAGCCGAACAUAUGAAGGAUAUGUGCAUCUUCUUGACCAACAAAAUCACCAGAUAUCUCUACAAAAAGUGAUUAUUCCUGAUACUGGUAAAAAGUUGAAUGGACUACAGACAUUCUUCCAGGAUGAUAUUACAAACAUUGAGGUUCUGGAAGAGGAAUGCAAGAAAGUGGAAAAUAAUGAUAGAAUGCUUCCUGAUAAAAGGGAGCAUGGAACUCGGCUGCUUCAUACCAAAUACACUCCAUCCCAUUUAAAAGGAUUGGUAGAUUUUGAGCCAUCAAAUUAUCUAUUGAAAAAGGUUGUCAAUGAUGAAGAACACGGUACUGGAGAUGUUCCAAAACCAGCUAAUAAAAGUUCUGACUAUGAUUCAAGCAGUGAUCAAGAAACUCUAGAUUUUGAAGACUGUAUCUACUUAUCUAAAAUCAAUCAAAGAUUCCAUGAUGCAAUUAGUCAUUUAAAGGAGCAGUCCGAGGUUGGAGUUUCUUUCUCAGGUGUGUGUAUUGGACGAGAUGGGAAAUUGUCAUUAGUUCAGAUUGCUACCACCAUAGAUGUAUUUGUAUUUGAUGUUUUAGCUUUGGGACCUAAUUGUUGGGAUUUAGGUUUGAAAUCUAUUUUUGAAGAUCCAAGACUUUCAAAGGUGAUGCAUGACUGUAGGUUUCCUUCAGAUAUGUUACAUCAUCAGUUUGACGUUAAACUGGUUAAUAUAUUUGAUACACAGGUAGCAGAAGUAUUUGUAUACAAACUUUAUCACAAUGGAAGUUGGCCUAAGUGGGUAACUGGUCUCUCAUGUUCUUUGUUUGACCACCUUGGUCUUCCUGAAGAUAUGGUUAACAAUUUAAAGAUAAGAGAGAAUUUGAAAAAGGAAGAUCAAGAAGUUUGGAUGCAGCGACCAUUACCUAAAAAUUUACUGAAAAUCGCCAUAAAAGAAGUUAACCAUUUGAUACAACUGCGCCAUACUUUGAUGGAGAAGAUGAUGGGAGAAUUCAUUGCAGGAGUUGAUGUUUACUUGGCACAAGUUAGGGAGGCAUCAAAAGAAGAUGUGAAGAAAUGCCAGAACAAUGCCCACAAACUUCCUGUUGCAUUUGAGAAUUUAUCAGGCUUAUUAGCCAGCAGAGACAGUCGCAGAUACAACCGACACCGUUACAAUAGAGGACCACCAGAUGAUCAUGACUUCAAUAAGGACUCCUCUGGAUUCAAUGAAAACUGCAGAGGGAUCAUAGGCUUGGAUGUAAAAUACAGCAAUGCAUCUAUAUGGCAUGAAGGAUUAGGGGGAUCUAAUAAAGAUAGGCAGAAAUUGGACAAACCAGUAACAAGAACUGCAGAAUCUUUGUCCAUAAGUAAGAACCAGACAAACAAGAUAUCAUCUAGUGAUAUGUCUGAACCAUCAAUAUCGUCCGUUCAUAUGUCUGAACCAGCAGUAUCAUCAAGUCGUACAUCAGAGCCAGCAAUAUCAUCUGGUUACAUGUCAGAACCAGCAAUAUCAUCUACUCCUACUGGGAGACAAACCUUACUGAAAACUCCAUCAUCUCUACUGGAAAAAUUGAAGAUGGCUGCAAUGGCAGAUGAAAGGAAAGUGCCAUGUGGUCACACCUAUGAGAAUGAUAACACUACAGCUAAUCAGAAGCCGUAUAAUAGUCCGAAGGCAGCUGAUGAUAACUCGGAUAAAGAUAUUUCCGUUGGACGUUCAAUAAGGUCAUGCAUCAAAUAUUACGAUUCAGAUUCUGAUGUCAUACUAGUGCCAGCAGGAAAAAUGCUUCAGUAUGGGAAACUAAAUAAGCCUAAACAAAAAAAAUUAACAGAAAUAGAGCAGAUGAGCACGAAAAUGGAAGAAUUGAGCAACUACAUGAAUGAAGUGAACACUUCAGAUAACAUGUCUCCUAAUAAGAGUGGAUCAUCUUUUUCUAUGGGAGAUUCACUAAGGGGUGCAGUUUCACCAAGAUCUUUUAAUGCUUCAUUUGGUGAAAACUAUGCUACAGCCCCUACUUCACCAUAUCAGUCUGACAUCAGUGAAUCUAUAUCACAGAACACAUCACUUGUAGAUAAUUAUCAAACUGCUCCAACAACUCCUGCUAUAAAUUUGUCUCAAAUUGUACAAUCUGCCUCACCAAGGAAAAGUUCAAUGAAUAUGCCUAUGCCAAAAAGUCCAGAGAUCAUACUCUCAAAAAACACUCAAUCAACUGAAAAUUCAUACUUCAACAAGAAUCCAAUGAGUGUGUGUUCUCCACGCAGUCCAAGCAAUGAAUCAUCACAACAAUCUUUGAUAUCUUCAUCAGAAUCUGAUUGUCCUUCAUUGUAUAGUCAUCAGAUGACAUCCUCACACAGUACAUUAUCAUUAAAGGGAAAUUACUCUCCCAACAAGGGAAAUAACUAUUCAGGAGUUUCAAAAGAUGAUUCAAGUGAUUCUUUAAAAACUUCUGAACUAUCUGAUGAUACAAGUAGCAGGCUAAAAUCAACAACCAGCAACAUUGAACGAAUUAGAAUUCUCAUGGAUGCAGCUAAAAAGAAGUCACCUAAAUCCUAACUGACUGUGCAUUUUUUAAAGUUUUUAGGAAAAUUUUAGAAUUCAAGUCGUUGAAGCUGCUUCGUUUUAUUCAAAAUACAUGAAAAUUUUAAUGAAAUUGCUCACUUGAUGAAAUUGAAUUCAAAACUAUGUGUCAUCUUUUUCUGAUGGAGUUGAAAUCUUUAUUAUAUUCUGAAUUAAAAAAAAAGUCCAAAGUAUUUUA